AUGAAGGCUAUGAUGCCUAAUUCUGAAAUCAAAAAACGUAAAUGUUGUCCAACUGAAUUCGAGUUUUCUAAGGUGCGUUCGCCAUACUUAACCAAGCAUGAUUUCUUAAGGAUCAUUCCGAAUAAAUGGGCAUUUGCGUACGUUUCGUUGGGACCGGCUGCAUAUUUCGGAUCAGAGGUGUCGUAUAUUGCCUACUGCGUCCAACUACAUGCUCUUUUCUACACGUUCUUAUCAUUUCCGCUUUCGUUUGGCUUCCGAUAUCACGUUCUGAUCCGUCCUAUGCCGAAAGUCAAGCGCUGCAUUUUGAUAUGUUUCGGCCUGUGGCUAGUGGCAUUCGCUCAGCACGUAAGUCCUUAUUAUUACUGA